AUUCAAAUAUGACAUUAUCAGCUAUUUUGAACAAAUGACUGAAUAUGAAUUUUGCAAAAGUUUUAGURUUAUAGGCAGCUCAAUUGCAAGAUGUUGGUAUCGUUUAUGUAGUGGAUUGCAUUUUGUAUUUGUUAUUUUAUUGUGGUCCAAGUUGUUUGGGUCUAAUCAGACAUUAGCCACUCGACCACUUCGUCAACCAAGGAUGGCUGCAAAAACUCCUCAUUCUUCAAAUUCAGUUGAYGGUGAUCGCAGAAAUACUCCACCAAGCGUAAGGGACAUAAGACAACACAACAAGAAUGCUUAUGAAUAUAUUACUAAAGCUUUAGCGAUUGAUGAAGGAGAAGGUAAUUUAGAAAGCAAGAAAAGAGCUGUUGACUUUUAUCAGAAAGGAAUAAAGGAAUUAGAGGCUGGAUURGAUAUUGGGUGCACAGGAAWAGGAGAGGAAUAUGAUAGAACAAGAAGACUUCAAGAGAAGAUGGAAGGCUCACUUGAUAAUGCUCAGGCCAGGGUGGAUGAAUUAGUGUGUUUACUGGUUUCUGCUGGCAUGAUGGAAGAUGAGUCACAAUCUAAAAAGACAGCAGUAUCUUCACAAAACAAAAMCAAAACAAAGCCAAAAAUCACUCCAAGCUCAUCAGGUAGUUCUUCAUCUAGAACAAGAAAAGGACCACCAUCAUCUUCUUCAUCAUCUUCAAAUUCUUCAACAAACAAUGGUCCAGUUAGUAAAGUUCCUGCAAGUCGACCAAGAAAAACUGUUCCAAGAACUACUGGUCCACGAACCAAUCUUCCAUCCAGUUCAAGAGGAAGCUCACAAAUUUCUGCAGAUCAGGCUAAGCAAAAUAGAUUAGCAGAACAAAAAAGGAAAAUAUCACAUCUUAAAGGMAUUGAAUCCAAAUUUGCAAAUGUCAUUAUGGAUGAAGUACUUGAAAGUGGUCCUGCAGUGUUUUUCAGUGAUAUUGCUGGAGCUGAUAUAGCAAAGAAAACGCUCAAAGAGAUAGUUAUUCUACCAUCUCUCAACCCAGAGCUAUUUACAGGGCUAAGGGCACCAGCACGUGGCUUGUUGUUGUUUGGUCCACCAGGCAAUGGAAAGACAAUGUUGGCCAAAGCUGUAGCAAGUGARGCAAAAGCAACAUUUUUCAAUAUUAGUGCUGCUACGCUUACAUCAAAAUGGGUUGGUGAAGGGGAAAAACUAGUACGUGCAUUGUUUGCCGUAGCAAGAGAGUUACAACCAAGUAUUAUAUUUAUAGAUGAAGUAGACUCACUAUUAACAGAAAGACGAGAAGGAGAACAAGAGCACAGUCGAAGACUUAAAACAGAGUUUCUUGUUUCAUUUGACGGAGUGAUAGCAGACCCUGAUGAGCGUAUUCUAGUAAUGGGUGCCACGAAUCGUCCUCAAGAACUAGAUGAUGCCGCACUAAGGCGUUUAGUCAAACGAGUAUACAUAUCUCUUCCAGAAAAACAAACAAGACAGAUUCUUCUUUCAAAACUUCUAAGUAAGCACAGUAAUCCACUGAGUUCUCAAGAAUUAGAGAGAUUAGCAAGGCUGACMGAGGGAUAUUCUGGUAGUGAUCUUACAGCUUUAGCAAAAGAUGCAGCUCUUGGGCCAAUCAGAGACCUGAAAAUGGAUCAGCUAACCAAAAUGUCUGUCAAUCAAGUACGCGAUAUCACUCUUCAAGAUUUCAUAAACUCUCUACGAAUGAUAAGAGCAAGUGUUUCACCUGACACGCUACAGACCUAUGAACAAUGGAACAGAGAUUACGGCAGCAGUGUUUGAUUCCUGAAUCAUUAAAUUAUUU